AAAGCUUCCUGUUAGGAAAGUCUUCAAGGAGCCCUCAUCGACGUGCAACUAGGGAACUGAAGCCAUAUCUCAACUCACAAAGCGACCAAAUCGCAAGAACUCGUACGAGGGGUGUGUUGCGCUACUCUGAUACCUGUUCAGAGCAUCAGUCACAACACAACACAGAAGACGGAACAGGGAUAAUUCCGAGUAAUGCUACGAGAACGUCACGUACCACCUUAAAUCUGUCUUCAGACGCUGACCAUGACGGCUAUACAAGAGAGCCUUGGGUGUUUACAAAUGACUUCAAUGAAACAACCCCAGAAAGAAAAGCUUUGCCGCACUCUGGAGGAUCUACAACUGCUAUCCAAGAAGAGGGAGGAAAAUUGGAAAAUGGAAACUUACGCGGAUCGGCACAAGAAAUUUACAGAAUGCUUGCGACGCAACAGACUUUCUGAUAAACGCAAAUCUCUAUCAUCCCGAGUCCCGACCGAGGCUGCUAUGAAUGCGCCGUUCAACAACAUGCGAAAGACAGGGGGAGGGAGUGCGAAUGGCCAACAGCACAUGAGGCCAGCUCUUGAAGCUCAGGCUAAAAUUUCAUCGGGACAUCGUCGAAGGCGUCCUGAAUACCACCUACGUCGGCAGCAGAUAUCAUCGCGGGAAGUAACCGGAGACCUAGUCGCCUCGACUAGACCAUCUGAACAUAUCUUGUCUUGUGAAAACGACGUCAAGGCCAUGCUCGGAAGGCUAGAGGCGUCGUUACCAAGCCCCUGUGAUGAAGUUAACAGCAUCGAUUCUUGCAAGGCUGAAUCGUACUUGACAUGUGCCCCAUUGAACGAGGUUGACAUGAGUGAUAAUGACCAAUUUGUUUUGAGUGCCAGCAAUGUGGACUGCGCUGCUCUUGAAGCUGCGUGUGAUGCAGUCCUAGCUUCAGAACUGAAUCCCAUUCAUCCCAUUGGACUCUGUGGCAAAGGACUCAACAAGAUGGGCACCGAGCCGGCGGCUGCAGAGCAAACAUGCUAUCACUACACAGAAAACACAAACAAUACUCUGAGGAGCGCCCCUACAAGCGAUGCGGGAGGAGAUACGGAUUUGUCAGGGCACAUCAAGACAAGAUAUCAUGGCAAGCUGUUUAUGGAUCAUGAAGAAAUGCAGACUCGAGCUCAAGGUCUCGCCCAUAUAGAGGGCUGCCUGGAAUGUAGGCUGCGCCAAAGCUCUGACUCCCAGCAAUGCGAGCCCGUUCGCCGACAAAUGGAGAUGGGCAAUAAUCUCGAAGGUUUUUGGCAGCGGAGAAGACUGUAUUGAAGGUUCCUGUUUGAUUUCAUCUUUGCGCUUUGGGUUAUCUUUGCAUGAGGUAUUUUGAUAUGAUGAUUUUGUUUUUUUUUUUUUCGUUGGAGCCAGGUUAAGAUGUGUUCGUUUUCCUGCCACGAUAUUCCGAGGUGAGAAAAUCAUGUAUCAAUAGUUUUGGAAUUUUCAAGGUCAAGUUUCAACGUCAAACCCAAAGUUGAAAAGAAGAUCAUACCAGAAUACGA